GUCCCGGAGGUGGUGGUGGUGGAGUGGGGGGUUCUUCACCUUUUGGCACGGGGGGGGGCGCGGGGGGGGGCGGCCCGGUGGAAGGGGUGCUGGCGGCGUUGGUGCAGGAGAUGAAAGCCACCAUGCAGCGCGACCUCAACCGCAAGAUGGUGGAAAACGUCGCCUUCCGGGCUUUCGACGCCUGGUGGGAGCGCAAAGAGGAGCAGGUUAAGCCGUUUCAGAGCGCGGCGCGGCUGAAGGAGGAGGAGAAGGAGAGGACGCGGCCCAAGGAGCCCCCGGCGCUGCUCUCCUUGGUGGAGUGGGCGAGGGGGGGCGGAGCGGGGCUGCGGGGGGCACUGAGGCUGCCCUCCUUUAAGGUAAAGGGGGGAUUUGGGGGCGUUAUGGGGGAUUUGGGGGCGUUAUGGGGUG